UUCUAUUUUGUGAAAAUGAAAAUUUUACAAAAGAGUGGAGAGCGUGUAACAUGGGAAAAUCACAGUGUUACAAUCAACCGUGUUCCUGGCUAUGGUUUUGGAAUAGCUGUCAGUGGUGGUCGAGACAAUCCACAUUUUGCUAAUGGAGAACCAUCUAUUGCGAUAUCAGAUGUGUUAAAGGCUGGACCAGCAGAAGGGAAGCUACAAGUUAAUGAUAGAGUUGUAAGUGUGAAUGGAAUUUCACUAGAAAAUGUGGAUUAUUCAACAGCAGUUCAGGUCCUCAGAGAAAGUGGGAGUGUUGUCAAUUUGGAAAUUAAACGUCGAGUCCUUACAAACAGCAGUGGUGAAGAUUCACAAACCUUCAAAGUUACUUUAACAAAAAACAAGAAAAAGGAAGAUUUUGGUAUUGUGUUGGGAUGCAAAAUCUACAUUAAGGAACUCACUAAACGACUCCCAUCAAACAAAGAUGGUACCCUUCACGAAGGCGAUAUCAUUGUCAAGAUCAACAACAACAAUACAGAAAAUAUCAGUCUUAAAGAUGCAAAAAAAUUCUUAGAUGCUGCCAAAGAAAAAUUACAACUUGUUGUAAGAAGAGAAAACAUAAAGACUGUAACUAAUAAUAAUAAUUUACAGGAGAUUGGAGCAAGACUGAAUAAGGAAACCUCUCCAACCAAUUUUAUUGAUGUUUCAAGUACAAGACCUCAGUGGAGUAAUCAGAACUUAUAUGUACAAACUCCCACCCGAGGGGAUCUAAGGCCACCUCUGCUAUCUGACCAAUCAGAGUCUAAGAAUAAUCUUACCAAAGUGCAAAGUGGCCGAAAUCGGGGUCCAUUGAUGGGAAUUUCUCUUAGUCAUCUAGAUCAGCCUGCAACUCCACUUUUGACUGGCCAUGGUCACUCUAGAGGUUUGCUGACAACAGAAGGAGAUGAACCUUCUCCAAGACCACCUCUACCUCGAGUAGAUGAACUGGCUGCCAACUCAAGGAAAGAUCACAGUGAUAAAGAGAUUUCUUCAAGAAGAAAUAGGAAUGCUGUGCCUGACCCCAGACUUGUUUCCUUUCAAAAAGAUGGAAGUGUUGGUAUUAGGUUAACAGGAGGCAAUGAAGCUGGAAUUUUUGUUACUUCAGUCCAGCCAGGCAGUCCGGCUUCAUUACAAGGUCUUCAGCCGGGUGAUAAAGUACUUAAGGUAAAUAAUAAAGACAUGAAAGGGGUUACAAGGGAAGAAGCAGUAAUGCUUUUGAUGAAUUCACAAGAUCAUGUUGAAUUAAUUGUUCAACACAGGAAGGAAGAGUAUGAUGAAAUAGUAGCCACCCAAAGGGGGGAUUCUUUUUAUAUCAGAACACAUUUCUGCCUUGAGAGUCAUGAAAGUGGAGAAAUGAGUUUCCCAAUUGGAGAAAUAUUUCACAUUGUUGAUACCUUAUACAAGGGAGUUGUGGGUUCCUGGCUAGGUUACAGACUAGAUCACAACAAUCAUGAAGUCCAGAAAGGUGUUCUUCCUAACAGUAGCAGAGCAGAGAAGUUGGCUCAACAGCAGCAGAAUCAGCAAAAGAAAGACUCCGCUGUUGAAAGUCGAGGUAGUUUCUUUAAAAGAAAAGGUGCAAGACGUUCCAAGUCCUUAAGCAAGGAUCAUUGGGAAGAAGUGAUGUUCGCAGAUGGCACAUCCAAGUUUCCUGCCUACGAAAGAGUAACCUUGAAGCAUACUGGAUUCAUUCGACCUAUUGUACUGUUUGGAGCUCUUGCUGAUGUAGCACGAACAAUGCUACUUAAAAAUCACAGUGAUAAAUUUGGAUCCCCACAACUUGAUAAUGAGUUGGAAGAAACACUUAAAGGUGAAAGAUCAUCAAGGAUUGUCCGUCUCAGUGAUAUAAAGAAUGUUGUUGAUAAAGGAAAGCAUGCUGUUUUGGACAUCACUCCAAAUGCUGUUGAUCGGCUGAAUUAUGCCCAGUUCUACCCUAUUGUAAUCUUUUUAAAGACAGAAAACAAACAAAUGGUGAAAGAUUUGAGAUUGAAAUUAGCUAGAUCUAGCCGCAAGAAUUAUAAAAAGCUUUAUGAGCAUGCUGUUAAAGUGGAAAAGAUGUGGUCACACAUUUUUACAGAAACUAUCACCAUAGCAAAUGAAGACAGUUGGUACAAGAAAUUACUUGAUACCAUAUCAAAACAACAACAACGAAUUAUUUGGAUUAGUGAAUCAAAGCCUGAAAAAAACAUAUCUGAUGACUUUCUGUUUCCAAUGACUUCACGAUUAAGUUAUGCUUCAUCCCCUGAGAGUGAUGUUGACUUAGUGUCAGACUAUCACCCUCUGAGCAUGCAAGGAGAUGUGGCAACACCUACCAUUGGUAUUGAUCAGCGAUUAGUUAAAGCCUCUAGUGAUCCCAGUAUAGCAACUCAGGAAGACAUUAUGAACAAUCCUGGAUAUGCUCCUUCUCAGCAGCAACAACAGGUUAUAGCUUCACCAACUUCACAAGUAGAGCAUUCUAUUCGUGAUCCAAACUGGAAACUCAUACCAAAUUCAAGACAGAGCCCAGAUAAGAAUGGAAGGGAGAAUCUGUUAAAGACCUACCAUAGAUCUAAUAUGAGCCCUUAUAACACAGUAACUUUAAGUGAGAGAAGCAGAACAAGAGUAAAUGGAGAACAUGCAGGAACUCCUCCAUCAGAGCCAGAGCCUCCACCUGUAAUAGACAGAAGCAGUAAGCCUCAGAGAUUCCGCAGUGUCCAGGAGAAACUGUAUAUGAAAACAGGAAGAAGCAAUGCAAAAGAUUUUGACAUGCCUGACUAUAUAAAUACUGUACCUUCGAGAUCCACUACACUAGACAGAUCCAAUAUAAGAUCAGAGCCUGUUAGAACAAGUGAGCAAUUUGUCUUAACUACCAAUCAAAAUGUCCAUUCUCUUCAUGAUCAUCAUCAUUUUACCAAAAGCUCAACACAGUCUAAUACCAGAAAUAUAGAGAUGGAUUCUGGCAGACAUUCUCAGGUUAAUCCCAGGCAUGGUAUAUUAGAAGAGAAAAAACCUCCAUCUCCACCUCCUAAACCUGCAAAUUUUGGUUCCAGAACACCUAGUAGUAGACCCAUUCCUCCCCCUAAGCCAGCACAUUAUCAAAACAGACUAUGGAGGCAAGAUGACCUUCUAACAGAUGGGAUCAGAAAAAAAACAUCUCAGGAAAACUUCUAUCAUAGGAAAUACAACAGUCAAGAUGGGUCAGGGCAUGGCUCAGUUCCUGGGUUCUACCACACCCGUUCCUAUUCAGGAAUUGAGCCUCCACCCCCACCCCGGCCUCCUCCACCACUAAUGCGAGAGCAGUCAUACAGAAAUAACCACUUUCAUCCACCUCCCAUGAGAAGGGACCUAGAAAAAGAUGUCAGGUAUAGCUCAAAACAAGGAAACAGUUUAGACUAUGAUUAUCAUCUUGGUUUACAAUCCCACAUGAAAUCUAGAAAUGAUAGUAUAACUAUGCCAUCUUCAUAUACUUCAACUUUGAUGAAUGGCACUGGACCAUAUCAAAACAUUCCACAUGGCUCUGCCAGUAACCCUUAUAAAUAUGAGAUGGCAUACUCUCAAGAACAUCAUGCCUCUUCAUCCCCUCCUCCUGGCCUUCUGGAUCUCUCCAACAGAGAAAACCGUGGUAGUGCAUUUGAACUGUACAAAAAAUCAGAUUCAUCCUCACCCACAGGGACUCAAAAGUUAAAUCUUUCACCAUUUGAACUUUCAGGACCAUUGUCUUCUGACUCUGUGGAUAGCAACCAUAGAGUUGUUGCUACAGCAAGAGGAAUUUUCAAUCACACUGGAGGAACUCUAAUGUCAGAGGAGACUGGAGUUCAAAUUGUCAUUCCACCAGGAGCAUUACCUAAAGGAAGUGACCAGGAAAUUUACUUUAAAGUUUGCCAGGACACAAGUAUGCUACCUCCUUUGGACAAAGAGAAAGGAGAAAUGUUGCUUAGUCCAUUGGUUAUGUGUGGACCUCAUGGAUUAAAGUUUAACAUUCCUGUUGAGUUGAGGCUACCUCACUGUGCUUCAGUUAAUCCAGACAGUUGGUCAUUUGCUCUCAAGUCUAGUGACACACCUGGCAGUGGUCAACCUGGAGAGUGGCACAAUGUUUCACUGGAUAACAUGAAUGGUGUAGCAUCCAGUCACAUUAAAGAAAAAUAUGUCUCAGUUCUGGUAGACCACUUUUAGAUUUCUUCCAUCCAUACCUUUGAUGUUCUGAUGUUAAAUCUUAAAACUCUAUCCAACAUGUGAUUGAAUUAACCAAAGAAACCUAUAUAUUAACUGAGAAAAAAAAGUAUUGAAAAAAAAGGUUCACUAAAAUUUUAAUUCAUAAAAGACAAAGUAACCUGCUGUCAUAUACAUGGUGUUUUGAUUUUCAAAACUAAGACUUGAGAAUUUUGAGAAAAUGUUAAUGUCAGCAUUUAUUAGUAUUUUUUCAAAGGUGGGAAUUGAUUUCACUAUGAAUGUAUUAUGUAUACUUUGUCAUAUAUCCUGACAUCAAUAACACAAAUCAAGUCUCAUUCCUUCAAAAAUACUAAUUCUUCUUCAAUCAACAUAAAAUGUAAGACUUGCAUGUGUUAGGGUAUAAUAUACAUUGUUCCAAAUAUAUUAAUUAAAAGGCAUUUAUUCCCAUGAUGUGCAAAACAAAGAUAAAUUUGAACUUUAUGAAGAGCUUGUUAUUCAAUUUGUUGUUGAAUUAAAUUUGUUAUAUCCUAUAAAUAUUAUAGAUAUUACAGUUUUGAUUAUUCUGGUAUUGCUGCUAUUUCAUAAUUACUCCUCUUAACUAUGCAAUUUCAUGGAAAAUUAAUCACAAUUUCUAUAAUCUGCAUUAUGCUGUGAAAAUAAUCUGAGUCUUAACAAUAUGUAUGUAUAUAUAAGACACUGAUUAUUUUCAGUGCUUCUAAAUAUUAGAAUUAAAUUAAUAAACAUAAUAUGUGGAUAUAAAACAUUAUUAUUGGCAGUAGUGACUAUAUUUGAAAAAUUCAUUUUUUUUUAAAUCGUAAACAAAUUUCAUAAUCCAGCUUGCAGCCAAUAUGUUGUGAAAUUCUCUUUUUAUUAAGCCUAGUUUUUCACUUGAAAGUGUCAGGGGAAAUAUUUUAAAGUAAUGUAAAUAGAACAGGUAAAAUAUGGAUGGGUGUUGAGUGUAUAUGAUAAAAUUGUUAAACUCAGUAACAUGAUACACUCAUUUAGAAAAUUACUGGCAUUGUGGUUUCAUAUUAUAAAGAUCAGUUUUUUAAUGUUUUUUAGUAUCAUGUGGCUAUUAAAAGGAUAUAUUUUUUAAAUUAUUAACUAAUUGUUUGUUUUUUUUAAAACUACAAUGCUAUGGAUAUAUUUUCUGUUUAAUCAUACUGUAAAAGAAACCCACAUAAUUGUUGCUUUAACAUAAUACAACAAAGUUUAUUUACGAGAAAUAUAUAUAUGAUUUUUUUUGUAAGAGUAAGAUCUGAAAUUUAUUUUGUGGUUAUUAAAUCUUUAUUAAGUUUGUAUGAAAUUCUGAAAAACAUAAUUGAAUUAAAAUGAAUCUUGCUUGUAAUUAUUACUACUUUUAACAGACAAAACUACUGAAUGAGGUGAAAUGCAAAUCUUGUCCCUUCAAUACCUAGUCAUUUUUAUAUGAUCUGCUUUUAAUGCUAGACUUCAAUCAGUUCUGUAAUAGCUAUACCUGGAAAGAUACUAUUUGUGUCUCACUUUGAAUUUUUUCUAAUUUGAGCAUGUAUAGCUGAGGUUUAGUGCAUUUAAAUCUUGAGAGCAUGUACUGCUCAGUAUAGCUCGGGUUUGGUGCAUUUAAAUAUUCUCAAAAUAGGUUAGAAUCUGAGCAUGUACAGCUAAGGUUAGGUGCAAUUAAUUCAUCUCAAAAUCAGUUUGAAUUUGAACAUGCAAAGGUCAGGUUUGGAGCAAUUAAUUCCUCUCAAAAUCAGUUUGAAUUUGAGUAUGUAUAGUUCAGAUUUGGUGGACUUAAGCUUUUUGAAAAUCAGUUUUGGUGUUUUCAUUUAAGUAUGUAAUUUUUCAUGGUCAUUAGCACUUCUUCAUGCAGUGCCAUUAUUUGAAUAAAUAAUGUAAUAGGUAUUCAUGAAUUUAUAAAUUACUGAUUAAAUGUUAUUUUGUUUUACUUUGAUAAUUGUCAGAAUUUACAGCUACAAAAAAAAUCUAUCAUUAAUUAUCUAAGGCCUUAGUGAUAACAUAGUUAUAUUAUUUGAAAAUGAACUUGGGCUCAUGCACUGUUGCCAAAAUAAAGUUAGGCAAAAAUAAAGGAUGACCCUUCCAUUUUGCUAUAAAAGUAACUUUAUUAUACUAAGUAAAUAAAAUAAGAACAAAAAACAAGUUUUUUUUCUUAAGAAAUAAUUUUAUUUCUCAGUAUAUCAUAACAUUUGGCAACAGAAUGAAUUCUAGGAGUAAAAUUUUCAAUAUUCUUUCUAGCCACCAUUUUAUUAUGUUAGGAACCACAGUUGAAUCAAGUUUCUCUAAUUAUUGUAUGUAUAUUUUAAGUUUAUGUAACUCCAAAGAAAUAAAUCUUAAAACUGCAUUCCACUUCAUAUAUCAAUUCUUAAUCUUAACAAUCUUCUGUGUGUCUUAAGUUUCCCAGCUGCCAUCUUACUAAAAAUAUCAGUAUAUAUGUUUGAAAACAAAAAUUUUAGUUUUCAUUAAUGCAAGCCAGUAAAGUUUUUGUUGUAGUAUUUUUAUGUAACUUUCUUUUUGUGGAUGAUUUGUGAAAGUCCACACAGUGAGUAGAUAAAAUGUCUUAGAAACAUUGCUCUACCUAAAAAACUGUUCUUUUACAAGCUUUUCAUCUUGAAACUGUUAAAUUGAAAACCUUAUAAAAGAAAACUACCCCUGGUGUUAAAAAACGUAAUUACCAUAAACAUAAAAAAAAUCCAUUUUUAAUGGAAAUUUAACAUGCAAGCUGGAAUGCUUAGGUCAAAAUAGGAUUAAGAUUACCCUUCUUAACUUUUUUUUUGCUUCUUGCUCAAAAUGAUGAUAACAUUUUGAGUUGAACUGAAUCUUACACUGGUACCAAAAAAUAGAUGUAAUUUUUUUCUCUUUUAAUAGUUUGUUGUAAGUAAUAUGUUUGAGUAAAAAUUUAAUAAACUUUUGUGUAUAUAUUUAUGUG